GUCAGUGCAAGGCAGCUUUGUGCCACAACCCAUUCAGCACAGUCCUAGCAGAGAUGCUGUUCACUCUGAAACCUAAUGAUCCCCACCCCUAUCACCCAGUUCUAAGCUGCCACCCACAGACUUCAAGAGAAGAGAACAGCCCUGGGGCUGGGAGGCCCGGCCUGCUGUGGACUCGCCGUGGGCGGUAGGUGCAACUACCACGCCUGAGCCCGUCUGGUUUGGUUCGUUGCUGUAUGGGCCACAGUGGAGCCAAGCCCCAGGCCCGUAAGAACCAGCCCAAUACAGCAGAAAGCAGCAAGAGCAUCCGAGUUGCUCAGGCAGGGGUGGAGGUGAGACUGCAACAGCAGUUCCCGCCUGGUCACAUGGGGACUCGCCGGCAACCCAGCGCUGCCGAGAGGAAACCAAGCAGAGAGCUGAGGAGCCAGGAGGUGACAGCAAGGCGGCGGGAAGCCAAGAUGGAGGUGGAGAAGCCGCCCCCCACAGCCGAGUCUCCAUCCCUGCUAAAGUCCUACAAAUGGCGGAUGGGCCCCCAAGGUGGGGAGAAGGAGCUGGAGAGGGCCCUCCCCACCCCUGGCCCCAGCCGCUGGAGCAAGCUGCACACCUGGAAGCGUGCAUACAGCCACCCGGAGACAGACACCCCUGAGGAGAGCACAGCCAGAAGUGGCCAGAGCCCUGGGCCCCCAGGCCCCACAGGCAGCAGCAGGGCUGCAGCCCGACGGUCCAUGUUCCAGAGGGCCUUCUCCGCCCCAGCUAAGGCACCCAAGGAGCCCCGGGGCCAGGAGGGUGGGAAGCUGAACCUGCGGAAAUACCUGCGCUCCAUGUCCCACCGCAGGAGCCCAGAGAAUGGGGCCAAGGCAGAGCGGACACCCCUGGAAGUGGCCAGAGAAGCCCCCCGCCCUGUGCAGCGGAUCCCGCUGACACCAUCCCCCGAGGUGCCUGUGUGGGACGUCUCUAACUUCUCGCUGAUGGAUGGGCAGCUUGUGCUGGCGGCCAGGGAUGAGGAGGUCUUGUUCAGGAGCCGGAGCAGAACGGGCAGCUCCAUCUCUGACACACAUGUGCAGCACCCCCUGGGAGGCCGGCGGGAACCUGAUCUCUCCUCAGAGGGGAGAGGCUCACCUGGCCCUCGGGCCCCGGGCAGAGGCACUGAGAGCGACACAUCCACCAACUCCCAGUUUGGGAACGUCAAGGGGCUGCUGUGGAAGCGACUCAAGGAGCGGAAGGGUCGGGUGGUGGCCAAGGCGGAUGCCCCAACGACGCCACCUGCAGACAGUGACAGGCUGCCGAGCCGGCAUGGCUCCCAUGAGUCCCUGUUGCCCCCGCCCACCGUGGCUGAGCUGGACCUGAGUGGUGAUGAUGUGGUUAUUCGCCCAUUACACGGCAGCCUCCUGGGCGAGAAGUUCUGCUUCCAGAUCAUCAAUGCCGAGGGCAGCCGCUGCUUCGGGUGCACAUCUGUGGCCGAGCGGGACCGAUGGAUAGAGAACCUGCGCCGGACCGUGCAGCCCAACAAGGACAACUGUGAGCGGGUGGAGAACACGCUGAGCCUGUGGGUGUACGAGGCCCGGGACCUGCCCCCCAAGCGACGCUACUUGUGCCAGCUGCACCUGGAUGGGACCCUCUAUGCCCGCACCACGGCCAAGGCAGUGGGCCCCAGUGGGACGCUCUUCUGGGGUGAGCACUUUGCAUUGGACACACUGCCACCUGCCCGGGAGCUGCGAGUGAGCGUGCUUCGGGAGGAUGAGGGGCGCCGGCGUGACUCUGCACCCCUGGGCAUUAUCACUGUGCCACUGGCUGAGCUGGCCACGUCCCGCCAGCCACUGGAGCGCUGGUACUCACUGGCCGGGCCAGCCAAGGAUCGGGGGCCAAUGCCAGGGCUGCGGCUGCGUGGGCGCUACCAGGAGAUCCAGGUGCUGCCCAUCGUUCGCUACAAGGAAUUUGCUGAGUACAUCACCUUCCAUUACCGAGAGCUAUGUGCCCGCCUGGAGCCCGCCAUUCCCGUGCGCCAUAAGGAAGAGCUAGCCAGUGCCCUUGUGCACGUCCUGCAAAGCACCGGCAAGGCCAAGGAGUUCCUGAUCGACCUGGGUGUGGCAGAGCUGGACCGCUUCGAUGACCGGGAGGCACUGAUCUUCCGUGAGAACACGCUGGCCACCAAGGCCAUUGACGAGUACAUGAAGCUGGUGGGGGCACGGUACCUGCUGGACAUGCUGGGUGAGGCUGUGGCCCAGCUGUACCAGUCAGAGGACUGCUGUGAGGUGGACCCCAGCAAAUGUGCGCCCCAGGACCUGUCUGACAACCAGAACAACCUGCGCCAGGCCUGCGAGGAGGUCUUCCAAAGGAUCACCGCCUCCUGCGACGCCUUCCCAGCAGAACUCAACGAGAUCUUUGCAGCCUGGCAGGAGGAGUGCCAGGAGCGAGCCAAGGAUGGCAUUGGGCAGCGGCUUAUCUCAGCUUCGCUCUUCCUGCGCUUCCUGUGCCCUGCCAUCAUGUCGCCCAGCCUCUUUGGCCUUAUCCAGGAGUACCCAAGUGACACCACUGCCCGCACCCUCACCUUGGUGGCCAAGGUCAUCCAGAACCUGGCCAACUUCACCACGUUUGGGGAGAAGGAGGCCUACAUGGGCUUCAUGAAUGAGUUCCUGGAGCAGAACUGGAGCAGCAUGACAUCCUUCCUGCAGAGCGUGGCCAACCCUGACAGCAGCGCCCACCUGGACACAUAUGACGGCUACGUGGACCUGGCACUGGAGCUUGCCACCCUCCACCUGCUGCUCUGCGACAUAUUCUCCAGCCUGGACCAGCGGACACAAAAGCAGCUGGAGCCACUGCCCACCAUCCUUGAUGCCAUCCAGAAGGGCACACCUGUGCCUGUCUCCAUCCACCUUAAUCCCAGCAGACCAGCAGCUGAAAAGCCAGGGUUUGUGCCACCACGGGAGCUGAGCAAGCACAGCCCCCUGAUCAAGAGCCCGUCACUGAGUAGCAUCCAGAAGGGGAGGGGCCAGGAGGAAGAGGCAACAGUGCUUUUGCGGCCCCCCCGUGACCGCCACCACGUGCAGCGCACCCAGAGUGUGCCAGCCCAGUCCAAGGCAACACGGCGCCCACGCAAGCAGAGCAGUCUGGAGCAUGUAGCUGAGUCCGUGAAGGAGGAGAGCCGCAAGGGCAGCCCAUGCCACGGCCCCCAGGACAACCGGAGCCACUCAGGCCGAUCGAAGCUGCGCCAGUCGGCCUCCCUGCCCCGCAAGUCCACAGUGCCCUGGCAACGCUACUCUGGGGAGGCGGCCAAGGCGCAGACUGAGUUGUACACCAUGCGGCCACUGGAGAAGCAUGGGAAGCAGAUUGAGGAGCUGCAGAAGGAGCUCGCAGAGGCCCGGGAGACACUGGGGCGGUUCGAGAGCCAGAUGGCUGUGCUGGCCGCCCAGAAUGAGGUGCUGAGGGAGGAGCAGGCCGAACUGAGGAUGCAGGAGGAGCAGCUCCGCAACCAGCUGGAAGAGGCAGCCGCCCACCUGGCCAGUCUCAGCGCCAGGGUGACAUCAGCAGAAGGCUCCCGCAAGAAGGACCUGGAGAAGCUGAAGGCGAGUGAGGAGAAGACAAAGGGCCUGGAGAGGCGCCUGUCAGCAAUGGAACGAAAGCAAGCUGAGCUGUGCAGUGCCCUCCUGGGGCAUGCACUCAAGCAGCCCCAUGUCCUGCUUCAGCCAGGGCCCUGUGGCGAGACCCAGAAUGGUGAUGAGGCUCAUGUGACCAGCGUCUAGAGGCCUGGGCCCAAAGCCACCCAUGGGCUAGGCCUACCAGCACUACGACCUGCCCUAAGGCCCUACAUGGCCUCCACCCCUGGCCUGAUGCCAGCUUCAGCCUAGAUCUGCCUGGCUGCUCUGGGGAUAGGAACACCAUGAGCUGCGAGCUGCUGGCUGAUCCCCUGUGCUUGCUCCUGGCUCCCCCAGGCUGGACCCAUUUAUCUGAGCCACAAAGGUCAUGGCCCCCAACCUCUGCCUGCUGGUUCCCCCUUCUCAUCGUUCCUACCCCCCAAUGCCCUGAUCCUAUGAUGCCAGUGCCACCAGCAGUGUGACAUGGCACAGCUGUGCCCCUCCCCGCCAAGCCUGCAGCAGCCCCUCAGGCCACUGGACCCGGCCUCAUCACCCAGUACUGAGCAGCUGAACUGCCCAGCCUGGCCUGGCUUGGUCUGGGCCUGUGCAUGUGUUCCUGGGAGACUCUGGGGUUCUGGAAUUGCAUCCCCUGUUCCAGGUGGGGCUGCCUCAGCCCACAGCCCCAGCAGCACCACGUCCAAGCCUGGAGGGUACCCUGUGACCCGGCAGUAAAUGUUGCUGGUGGCUUUGUA